GGCUAGCUGUUAGCAUGUAGCUCGCAGGCUAGGCUAGCUAGCUCGUGUCAUUUAGUUGACGUGCGCCGGCUCCAUCAACGUUCGGGUGCUGUUCGGAUUGAACACACUCUCCUUUGAGCAGCACACGACGCGGACACGAAGAAGACACUUUGGAGGUCCACUUAUCCCACAAGUGAAGAUGAUUAAGCUCUUUUCCCUCAAGCAGCAGAAGAAAGACGAGGAAUCUGCUGGAGGAAACAGAACCGGAGCCGGCGGCAAAAAAGCCAGCGCGGCCCAGCUGCGAAUACAAAAAGACAUCAACGAGUUGAAUCUGCCAAAGACCUGUGAGAUCAACUUUCCUGACGACGAUGACCUUCUCAACUUCAGACUCAUCAUCUCGCCUGACGAGGGUUUCUACAAAGGCGGAAAGUUUGUCUUCAGCUUUAAGGUAGGACAGGGUUAUCCCCACGACCCCCCCAAGGUCAAAUGUGAGACCAUGGUGUACCACCCCAACAUCGACCUGGAAGGAAACGUGUGUCUAAAUAUUUUAAGAGAGGAUUGGAAGCCGGUGCUGACGAUAAACUCCAUCAUCUACGGUCUACAGUAUCUAUUUCUAGAGCCCAACCCCGAGGACCCGUUGAACAAGGAGGCGGCUGAGGUGUUGCAGACGAACCGGCGACUCUUUGAGCAGAACGUCCAGCGCUCUCUGAGGGGAGGCUACGUAGGCUCCACCUACUUUGAGAGGUGUCUUAAAUAACCGGCCGCCUGUGACUCCGCCUACCCUCCACGCCCCCCCCCUGCUCAUCAGCUCAAAGCAACAAGCAGCAGAGGACCCACCCACCCCUUCAUUUCUGAGUUUGUUUCAUCAGCCCCCACCAGGGGACACUACGGCACAAGACGUUGCCUGGGGGAGGGGGGGCAUGACGUCACAGCGUUUACUUUUUUAUUUGACCACCAGGAGGCCACGCCCCCUCCACCUCCACACAGCAAACUCCAAACUCCCCUUGCACGGGGUGGGAGGGGCCAUUGUGAACUCUUGAUGACAUCAGGCCGUGCUGGGGGCGGGGCUCAGGUGGGAGGAGCUAAGUGUGGCGGGUUAAGCUGAGUUUGGAGUUUGCUGCCAAUCAGUCUGUGGGCGGGCCUAAGGCGGUGGGUGGAGUCAG